CAAUCCGGGCAACAAUUGUGUUGCUCUGCAUUGCACGUAGGGGGAUAAUUUGCAAUUGUGGUUUGAAAAAGCUGUUCUGGAGACAUUUGACAGCUGACCUUUUCUGUCUGCACAACUGCAAGAAGGAAAUCGAUUUAGAACUAAGGACGUCUUUGGAUAUCGUUCAUUGUUGGUGUGGGCUGUAUUAUAGUUAUUUGUUCAUCAAAUUAAUACCUUUGACAAAGAGGCUUCGUGGGGAAGACGGUUGAAUUUUGUUCCCGCCGAGAAAAGCAAACGGAGUAGCCUGAAUUACCAUCAAGAUCUAGACAGAAGAUAGUUUGGAAAUCAUCUGAACGGAUUCCUUUUUUUUUUUUUUUUUUAAGAAUUGUUUUACAAGUAGGAAUAUAAUGUGAAUCACCGUGGCAUAAACCUUCGUGGUCUGCUAAUGCUAAGCCCAGUUAGAUUCAGGAGGAAACGCAGAAAAUUGAAUUGAUUUGUCCAAACUUUUCAUCAUUUAUGAAUAAACCUGUGUUGUAUCUUUAAUGUCUUUGAUCAGACAACGGAGCAACGUGUGACCAAAUGCACCUGAAGCUCUUCGCAAGCCAAGGGAAUUUGGAGGGCCCCUCCGCUGAAGUCCGAGGGCUCCGCUUUGGCAGUUGAGCAUCGGGCCUCACCUCCCCCGAACAUGGCCACCCUAAGCGGCAGCUCCACUUUGGACCCGUCCAGCUCCGGCCCUUCCACCUCCCUCGUUUUGCCUCUGUUGGAUGACAAACCCAAAGCGAAAAACCUCUUCCAGUUUGGCUCCCUCUUCCAUAGCCGGAGCGAACGCUUCGUCAUCGCCCGGAGCGACAGCGUGCCGGAAGAGAAUGUCCUGAAAAUCACCAUCACGGAGACCACCGUUAUCGAGUCGGACCUGGGCAUCUGGAGUUCUUACGCCCUCACCUACCUCACUCUCUGGUUCUUCUUCAGCUUUUGCACUCUUUUCCUGAAUAAGUACAUCCUGUCACUGCUGGAAGGGGAACCGAGCAUGUUAGGCGCCGUUCAGAUGCUUUCCACCACCUUCAUUGGCUGCAUCAAAAUGUUCGUCCCCUGCUGUCUUUAUCAGCACAAGACUCGUCUCUCCUACCCUCCGAAUUUCAUCAUGAUUAUGCUUUUCGUUGGCCUGAUGCGGUUUGCAACUGUGGUUUUGGGGCUUGUCAGCUUGAAGAACGUGGCUGUUUCCUUUGCCGAGACCGUGAAAAGCUCAGCACCCAUUUUUACCGUUAUUAUGUCGCGCAUGAUUUUAGGAGAAUACACCGGGCUGUUCGUGAAUCUCUCUCUGGUCCCCGUGAUGGGCGGGCUGGCCUUGUGCACAGCGACCGAACUGAGUUUCAACAUCCUCGGCUUCUCGGCGGCCUUGUCGACGAACAUUAUGGACUGUUUGCAGAACGUUUUCUCCAAAAAGCUGCUGAGUGGGGACAAAUACCGUUUCUCGGCUCCUGAGCUUCAGUUCUACACUAGUGCAGCUGCUGUGAUCAUGCUUAUUCCGGCUUGGGUCUUUUUCAUGGAUAUGCCGGUGAUCGGGAAAAGUGGGCGGAGUUUCCAGUACAACCAGGACAUUGUGGUGUUGCUCCUGAUGGACGGAGUGCUGUUCCACCUCCAAAGCGUCACCGCUUACGCGUUGAUGGGCAAGAUUUCCCCCGUAACGUUCAGCGUGGCCAGCACGGUGAAGCACGCCCUGUCCAUCUGGCUCAGCAUUAUCGUCUUCGGGAACAAGAUCACCAGCCUCUCGGCCAUCGGGACAGUGCUAGUGAUCAUCGGAGUCAUGCUGUAUAACAGAGCCAAGCAGCACCAGCAAGAAACCCUCCAGAAUCUGGUGGGAACAUCCGCUACCCCCCAACUGUCUCCAGUGAUCAAGGAAGACUCCGAGCCCCUCCUCUCCAAAGACUCCCGUCCUUUCGAAUGAGACCACCGCCCUAAAUUUAGCUACGCAGAAGUUUAAAAGAAGGACAUUUUUUUCUCUCUCUCUCUUGAGUGAUCCCCAUCCCCAACCCCAAGGCCCAUCCCACUCGCAAGCCGGGGCCUGCUACGAUAAGAAAAACGCGGGCGCAGAGACCACAAGCGUUGUAUGGAAGAGUUCUUCCUAAGACUUUUGCGCUCUGCCGUCCAUUUUAUUCGAAAGUGUCUUUCAAGACACUUUUGGUCCAUCAUCCGAUGUGAAAUCCAGCAAAGUUUGCCAUUGUCCAAGGUUGCACAAAAGGAAAACAAAAACCCAGCUGGUCCAAACUCCCAAAAGCUGGGGGAAAAAAAUCGGCUUCCGGAGUCUCAAAAAUCGCCAAAUGUCCCUUGCUGGGAACAAUCACAAUCACCAGCGUGCAACUGAUAUUCCGUCCUAGGAAUUCCUUCGUUAGGUCUGCGUUCCAGAUGAAACCUUUCUGAAGUUGUUCUGCUGAGAAGUCAUCAGCAAUUUUGACCCACAGCAACCUCUAUCUCGCCUCCAAGCUAAAGUUUCGGCUUUCCCUCCCCCGAGAACGGACCAUGUUGGCUUGUUUGUGGGGAAGAGCUGAGAAACGUUUUUUGCACAGGUGGCAAAGGAGAGGCCGCUUCGAUAUUUGUUUUAUUUUGUUUCCGUCCCGUUGAGGGCUUGCAAUAAACCUCAGCCAGCCUUUCGAAAUCCGGAUGCCCUGCUAAUAGCAAUCAAAAAAUGAUUUUGGGAAAAGGCACGCUAGAGUUUCUAGCUUCUAGCUAGCUAGCUUCUAGCUUCUUUGGAGUUUUAAGACCGGACACAUUUGGGAUUGUAAAAACGAGGAGAAAAAUUGUGCGUUGCGUAUUGUCCUGGAUCAUGUUGGCGUGGGAUGCCUCUUAGCAAUCAAAUUAACCAAAAAAACUACUGGAAGAAGGAAAUGAAAUUUUUGCGGAGCCAGAGUUUUAAAACUCGACGCGUUCGGGAUUGUAAAAAACGAGAAAAUUGUGCGGUGCGUUUUGUCCAGGAUCAUGUUGGUGUGGGAUGCCUCUUAGCAAUCAAAUAACCAAAAAAAACCCCCAACAAACUGCUGGAGAAGGAAAUGAGAUUUUACAGAGCGAAACCCUCUCAAAAUAAUGUUUGUAAAUCCCAUGAGGUGUUUUGGGAAGCUGCCUUUAUGUCAGCUCAUAUCCGUCUAGCUUAGUUUUGCUACUCUGGGACCGCUGAAGUUAUUCCCUCCUAGUUCACGACAAAUCCAUCCACGUCCUUGUGGCUUCGGUAUCGAUAGCCCAGGACUUGAAUUCUGUUCAUGUGCUGUUAGCAACUUCCUUGGAGGUAAAAACCACUGAGCUGGUCAGAUUCUUAUGAAUUGAGCAGCUUGAAGCUCUGAGCCUAUAUUGAUUGUCUGUGCUACAAUCCGUCUGAACGAAACGUGGUCAGGUAUUCAUCGUAGGGGAAAAAUAAUGUUUACCCUCGGCACGUUAAUACGUUUUUAAAUUUCAGAGUGGGAAAAAAAAAUCACUCCACGUUUCCUGAUUUGUCAGCCAGCAGGAACAUAAAUUGGCUGCCCGACCCCAAAUGUUUUACUCUCUUCCUUCCCACCCCCCAGCUCAGCUUUGUUAGUCGAAAAAAGGGGUACGGCAAACAAUGCUUUCUGUUUAAAGAACAGAAUAUGAGGAGCGCUUGGACUUUGGAUGCAAAAUUUCUCAGGCAGAAACAGUCUCCCUGCUGUUUGUCGCUCCAAAACGCCGACAUUAUUUUCUCUCGUCCUGGGCAUACUUGAAAGGCAAACAUUUUUUUACAGGUGCUUUGUGUGUCGGGGCCAAAAUCAUCCGUAUCUCAGAUGCCAAGGUAAGACGGCAAAAGAGUUUGGAGGCUGAUUUAAGAACGGGUGGUGCACUUGCUCGCAAGCCACUUGGCAUCAUUCCGAUGACCACUUUAAAAAUCUUGACUAGAGACCAAUCCUGUGGAUAACGUUUCAUGACCUGUGUAAGACACAAAUCAUUUAGGAUUUGUUUGGUGUAGUAGGGAGUUUCCCCCCCCCCAAAAAAAGAAACUUAAUCCAGGUGUAAUCUUGUAUCUGUUUUCUUCUCGGAAGUCUGCAUCAAAACAUUAAACGUCACUGAAGGUG